GUCUCCACUUCCGGAAAUAAACGUCACAGCUGCUGUGAAAACACAGACACACCAGAACCGGGACCGAGACCAGAACCGGGACCGACACCAGAACCGCGACCGAGACCAGAACCGGGGCACACGUCGAAAAGGUGGGUGUACCGGACGUGUCCGUGUACCAGCUCCCUCCCCCCGCCCCCUCUCUGCCAUGCCUUUGGACUGAGACUCGUCCUUCACCGCCCUCGCCGCCCUCCAUCGGGCCACAGACUCGCAGCGUGCAUCAUGGUGGAUGUGACCAAAUGGCCCCUGUUCAGCCUGAUGGGCCCUCAGGAGCUCUCGUCCGUACGGAGAGCGUGCGUGUUCGGGAUGUCUGCUAACGAGGCCAUCUACAUCACCAACGACGACGAGGUGUAUGUGUUUGGGUUGAACUGCAGUAACUGCCUGGGAACAGGGGACAGCCAGAGCACCAUUGUGCCCAAGAAGCUGGACUUCCUGAGCGGGAGGAAGGUGGUGAGCCUGAGUUACGGCAGUGGACCUCACAUCCUUCUGGCCACAGAGGAUGGAGAGCUCUUCGCCUGGGGCCAUAACGGUUACAGCCAGCUGGGGAAUGGGACAACCAACCAAGGAGUCGCUCCGAUGCUCGUGUCCGCCAACCUGCUCAAUAAGAAGGUCACGGUGGUGGCCUGCGGCUCUCACCACUCGAUGGCUCUGACUGACUCGGGAGAAGUGUACGCGUGGGGCUACAACAACUGUGGUCAGGUGGGUUCCGGAUCCACAGCGAACCAGCCCACGCCCCGCAGAGUGUCCAGCUGCCUGCAGAGCAAAGUGGCCGUCGGUAUCGCCUGUGGUCAGACCUCGUCUCUGGCGGUGGUGGACAAUGGAGAGGUGUACGGCUGGGGCUACAACGGGAACGGACAGCUCGGUCUGGGAAACAACGGGAACCAGCUCACUCCCUGCCGCCUCGUCGGCCUGCAGGGUUUGUGUGUGCAACAGAUCGUCUCAGGCUACGCUCACUCCCUGGCACUCACAGACGAGGGCUUGCUCUACGCCUGGGGGUCCAACACGUACGGACAACUGGGCACCGGCAACAAGAGCAACCAGCUGAGCCCGGUUCAGAUCAUGACUGAGAAAGAGAGGGUCGUGGAGAUCGCUGCCUGUCACUCCACACACACAUCGGCUGCAAAGACGCAGAGUGGUCAGGUGUACAUGUGGGGCCAGUGCAAGGGCCAGUCAAUGAUGCUGCCUCACGUCACGCACUUCGCCUGCACCGACGACGUCUUCGCAUGCUUCGCCACCCCCUCUGUCAUGUGGAGGCUUCUUUCCAUCGAGCAUGAUGACUUCUUGACCGUGGCUCAGUCUCUAAAGAAAGAGUUUGACAACCCGGAGACAGCGGACCUCAAGUUCUGCGUGGACGGCAAAUAUAUCUACGUGCACAAAGCUGUCCUGAAAAUCAGGUGUGAACACUUCAGGUCCAUGUUUCAGUCCCACUGGAACGAAGACGUGAAGCAGGUGAUCGACAUAGAUCAGUUCUCCUACCCGGUGUACCGAUCCUUCCUGGAGUUCCUUUACACGGAUUACGUGGAGCUGCCACCUGAGGACGCUAUUGGGCUGUUGGACCUGGCCACGUCUUAUUGUGAGAACCACCUGAAGCGUCUGUGUCAGCACAUUAUAAAGAGAGGAAUCACCGUCGACAACGCCUUCUCGCUGCUGUCUGCUGCUGUGCGCUACGAUGCAGAGGACCUGGAAGAUUUCUGCUUUAAGUUCUGCGUGAAUCACCUCACCGAGGUGACCCAGACGACCGCUUUCUGGCAGAUCGACGGCAACCUGCUGAAAGAUUUCAUCUGUCGGGCCAGCCGCUCCGGAGCCUUCAAAAACUGACUUCAACCCCGCAGACGAUUGUAGACUCGGAGCAGAGGCUGCUGUGGCGACUCCAGGAGUGACUUCUCAAAGGACUUCAUGACUCCCGGUCAUCUCCACGUACCUUCACUGACAGGCGGUCACUAAUCUUCAGAUAUUCUCCAUCACUGUCAAACAUGUUAUUAAUCUCAUUCCAGGCUGAAGCAUCAUUAGAGAGCACAGCUACACGAGCUGUUUGCCGCAGUGCCUGACCGCCUUUUCAUUCACACAUUUAGAGUCGCAGCUUCUAACUUGAAAGAUUCUUGCCAGUCGCCUGAUAACACUUUACUUUUUCUAUUAUUCUGUUUAAUUGACAGAGUUACUUUUUCAGCGCUUGGACGUGCCAUCUGAAAUCAGAGUUUUCAGGAUGUGUGAGGCUGUUUGCACUUGUAGAUGUUAGGACAGAAGAAGUACUUUGAAGACUGGGCAUUGAUACAGAUUGAAGCUUUUAUUUAGUCUGUCUGGGUCAAAUUACUUUGGAGAUUAUUAUUCCUGAUGAUGUUUUCAGAUGACCCAAAGAGAAGCACUCAGGUUACAGGUGAGCUUCAGUCUUAAACUGAUUUAUGAAAGUAUUACUUAGCGCAGCUACAAACCCAUAGCAGAAAAAAGCUUCUUUAGUUUGUCUCUUCAUUCACUUAACCAUCGACUGUCUGCCGACGAUAUUUUGAGUAUUAACAUUUUUCAAGUUUAGUGACAUCUGCACUACUGCUGUAUAUGAGUAUUUUGAAGAACACAUGCUAAUUUCUAUACAGAAAACAUAUUUCUACUGCACCAUCAAUAAUUCUGUUGAUUGACUGAGUGAGUGAUUGUUAUGAUGUGCCAGUUCAAUUUUGUGACCUCAGCAAGCAAAUGAAUAAAAAGAAUCUUGUCUCUUG